AACAUGAUUGUAUUCAGUUUUACACAGGAAGCAUAGUCGAGUGUCAGUCAUGAACAUUUUGCAGAUCCUUUACGAGUGGAUCGACAUCAAAGCUGUUUUUAUAUUUUCGUGUGUGUUUUUAUUGUUGAGUGAUUAUAUCAGAAAUAAAGCACCGAAGAACUUUCCUCCUGGACCUUGGUCUUUGCCGUUCAUAGGAGACCUUCAUCAUAUCGAAAAUGGUAGGAUUCAUCUUCAGUUAUCUCAGUUUGCAGAAAAAUACGGCAAGAUUUUCAGUCUUAGAAUUUUCGGUUCAAGAAUCGUUGUGUUGGAUGGAUAUAAACUCGUGAAGGAGGUGUAUUUACAACACGAUGACAGUCUCGCUGGUCGACCUAUGUUACCUAUAUUUACUGACAUUGUCGGAGACAAAGGUUUAAUUGCUGCCAAAGGCUUUAAAUGGAAGCAACAGAGAAGAUUUGCUCUCUCAACCCUUCGUAACUUCGGAUUGGGAAAGAAAAGCCUGGAGCUGUCCAUCAGUCUUGAAUGUCGCUUUCUGAAUGAGGCCGUUUCAAAUGAACAAGGUCGACCGUUUGACCCUCGCUCACUGCUGAGCAAUGCUGUCUCAAACGUGAUCUGCGUGCUUGUGUUUGGUCAUCGAUUUGAGUACAGUGACAAUGGCUUUCAGUCUCUCUUGAAGAACAUCAAUGAAGCUGUGUAUCUGCAAGGAGGCAUCUGUGCUCAGCUGUAUAACAUGCUUCCACGACUCAUGCGGCAGGUGCCUGGACCACAUCAGAGAAUUUUUACUCUGUGGCGUGAGGUGAUUGACUUUAUUCGAGAGAAGGUGAAUGCACACAGAGUGGAUUAUGAUCCAUCAAAUCCUCGAGAUUACAUUGACUGCUUCCUUGGAGAGAUGGAAAAAGUUAAAGACGACACAGAUGCUGGAUUUGAUGUGGAAAACUUGUGCUUCUGUACUCUGGAUCUGUUUGGAGCGGGAACUGAGACCACCUCCACCACUCUGUACUGGGGUCUUCUCUACAUGGUGAAAUAUUCAGAGAUACAGGCCAAAGUUCAGGAGGAGAUAGAUCACGUUGUGGGAGGUUCACGGCAGCCAUCUUUAUCAGACAGAGAUAACAUGCCCUACACCAAUGCUGUCAUCCAUGAGAUACAGAGAAUUGGAAAUAUUAUCCCAAUGAAUGUGGCACGGGCUACUGUGGAAGAUAUUCAGAUAGGAAAAUACUCCAUUCCAAAGGGCACAAUAGUGUCCGGCAAUUUGACAUCAGUGCUGUUUGAUGAGUCCGAGUGGGAGACGCCUCAGUGUUUUAACCCGGGUCACUUCCUGGAUGCAGAAGGCCAAUUUAGGAGACGAGAUGCCUUUUUACCUUUUUCUCUAGGAAAGAGAGUGUGUCUUGGGGAGCAACUGGCACGGAUGGAGCUGUUCCUCUUCUUCUCCUCUCUUCUGCAGCGCUUCACUUUCUCUUCACCAGCGGGUGUGGAGCCCAGCUUGGAUUUUAAACUGGGGGCCACUCACUCUCCCCAACCAUAUGAAUUAUGUGCAGUCCCACGCUAAAACAAGCAAUGCAUUAUGUAUUUUAGCUUAUUAAUUGUUUGUUUGAAUGUACACUGACAAUAGAUUAGUUGGUUAUUUGGUGAUUUUAAUAAUACAACAUUUACAAAUAAAUCCACUGGGAAAAAAAGAUAAUGUGAAAAUAUCAUUGCAUUGCAUCAAAUUUAAGGUCAAAAAAUGUCUAUAAUACUUUAAGUAUAAUUUGAAAAAGUUGUAUAAGUGGGGUCGGAAAAACAGGAAUCAAAAUGUGGCCUAUACUGAAGGCUCACUGUAAAAAAUCCAACUUUCGAAAAGUUUUACUAACAAAUGUAAAAGUAGCCUGGGCAAAUCAUUUUAUAGGAGAAAUCAGUUUAAUUUUUUGUGUGAACUGAAUACAAAUACAUUUUUCACUAACAAAAUGAGACCAAGACAAAAUAACAAAAACAAUUUCACUUUGAACAAUAUUGCACACACGUUAGCUGUUAUAUGGAUCAGAGUUCUACUGAUUUAGCAUUUGUUGAUCCACAUUGUUGAAAAAAAUUUUAGUUGAUCUGACAGAUCUUUUAAAACUCAACAGACUGAAUUUUGUUUAUUAGAUGAACCAAAGUUUUUAAAUUGUUAGUUGCUAUAGUUGAGUUAACUUAAGUUGAGUGUGAUGGCUUGCCUUAUUUGUUUUUUUUUUCAAACUGUUUAAUGGACUUGCAAGUAAUAAAAGAAUGAGUAAAACAUAAAAAGUAUUGUAUAAUUAUCUAAUGUGCAGUAGUAAUUCAGUUUAAGACUUCACAUUUUUUAAAGAAUCUAAAAGAGCAUUUCGGUUGGUCGACUUCGGUUGUUUAUUUAUGUGCUAUAUAAAUAAACAUUGUAUUGUAUUGUAUUUCUGGUUUACAUAAUACUGGGGUCCUCGCGUGUU